AAUGAGGACUCGAUGUGUUUAUUAGGAGUCUGAGAUGCAUGUCUGAUUGUGAUUAGACAGAUCAGAGCUAGAAAUGGACUCAUGUCCUCAAGGGUCUCCACCUUCUACCCCUGCUGCUCGCAUCUCUCUAGCAUCUCUUAUAUCUGAACAAACCCCUUGUACAGCGUCCUGCUCUUCCACGCCCAACACCUCAGCUAGGGUGUCUCCAGCCCCUCAGUCUACCCCACAGAGAGGUCGUGCUCAGCUGAACGCAGCUAGCGAUGUGACCUCCGAAGGCGCUUCACCCCCUGCAGGGGACGUUCCAGAGCAGCUGAACAUAGACGAGCUUAAACACAGGGCUAAGAACGGAGACUCCAAAGCACAGACAGAGGUUGGCAGGUACUACUUACGACUCUCUGAGCACGAAGAUGAGGAGGUGAGCAGUGUCACCGCGGUAACCUGGCUCCUUCAAGCAGCCAGAAAUGGUCGUAGGGAUGCUGUAAAGCUGCUCCAGUUCUGCCUGCACGAACGCAAAGGCAUCACAGCUGAGAACAGAGAUGAAGUUUGUGCCCUGGCGUCCGAGUCGCGUUUCGAGCGAGCGGUCAGGAAAGCAGCUCUGUGCAUGUACUGGAAACUCAAUCCAGAGAGGAAAAGAAAGGUGACUGCAUCGGAACUGCUGGAAAACAUCAGUCAUGUAAACACAGAGACAGAUGGUGCCAGUAGCAGCCCUCUCUCAGGAUCAGCUCAGAAGCAGAGGAAGAUCCUGGAAAGUCUUGUCUCGUCCAAUGGGCCGCACUACGUUGAUGUUGAGGACUUUGUAGAUAACGCUAAACGAUACGCUCAGGGUUUUUCACCAUCACCAGCUCUGGAUGGAGCAGCUGUUGAUGACGACGAUGAUGAUGAGGAGUCGGUGAAGAACCCGGAUGAGCUACCGCUACAUCAAAAGAUACUGAAGUUUCCUCUCCAUGCGGUCACCGAGGUGAAGGAUGUCCUGAUCGACUGGGCUUCCCGCGCUGGAAUGCAGUGGAUCAGCGCCCUGAUUCCCACUCACCAUGUCAACACCCUUAUUUUCUUCUUCAUCAUCUCCAACCUCACUCUGGAGUUCUUCCUCGUGGUCAUACCCUUGGUCAUCUUCUACCUCUCCUUCCUCUCCAUGGUCAUCUGCACUUUAAGAGUCUUCCAGAACAGCAAGGCCUGGGAGAACUUCAGGACCCUGACGUCCAUGCUGGCGUACUUCGAGCCGGGGUUGGACCUGGAGCAAGCCGAGUCCAACUUCACCUGGACGCACCUGGAGCCUCACUUUUACUUCCUGCUUUCCGCACUGUUCCUCGUGCUCUCGUUCCCCGUGGCGGAUAAAUCCUGGCUGCGGUGUUCUGAACUGGCCACGGUGGCCGUCUUCUUCACCGUGUGCUCUUACCUGAGUCUGCGUCCGGCGGCGCAGGAGCACGCCAGGCUGGCCCUGCUGGCGCAGUUCGGUUCGGCCGUUUUCUCGUUCGCUAACGAGCUGCUGGGCGGCUGGCUGGGCCGACUCGUCGGAGGUCCCUGGUUCAGCGUCCCGAUUUGUGACUGGUUGGCGCUGCACGUGGGUUUACCUUGCGUCUUGUAUCUUUACGUGCUGUACCUGUGCGUCCAAAUGGCCACGGCACGGGGGAUGCAGGGGUCCUACAGCAUGCUGCUGCCCUACCUGCUGUGCUUCAUCUGGUGCGAGCUGUCCGUCACGCUUGUUCACGAGUCCACCGCGCUCGGACUCAUGCGUACGGCCGUGGGCUACUUCCUCUUCUUCUUCACCCUACCUGUGCUCUCGCUGGCGCUCGCGGCCGUCCUGGUGGUGCAGCUCAUCCACUGGUUCCUGGCGCUAGAGCUGACCAAGAUGGUCGUCACGGUGUGCGUUUGCGUCCUGCCCGUUCUGUUGCGAUGGUGGACCAGAUUCAGCGUCUCUCCUCUGGCGGUUUUCCAGUCUCUGAGGCGUAGCAGCAUGGUCAAGCUCAUCCUGGUGUGGAUCUCCGCUUUGCUUCUCUUCAGCUGGUUCUACGUGUACCGUUCGGAGGGGAUGAAGGUUUAUAACUCCACGCUGACGUGGCAGCAGUACAGCGAUGUGUGCGGCCCCCGGGCCUGGAAGGAACACAACAUGGCGCACGCCCAGAUCCUCUGCAGCCACCUUGAGGGCCAUCGGGUGACCUGGGAAGGUCGUUUCAAGUACGUCCGUGUGACGGAGAUUGAAAACGGUGCACAAUCCGUCGUCAACCUCUUGCCCGGGGUCGUGGCGGACUGGGUGCGAUGCCUGUACGGGGAGGAGUACCCGGCGUGCGAUGGCACCCAGCCGGGGCCGGAGGAACAGCUGUGCAAACUCAAGGACCUCACGAAUCACAGGUGUCACGUGAAGCGGUUUGACCGCUACAAGUUCGAAGUGACCAUGGGAAUGCCGCUCGGAGACCGGAGGGGGAACGGGAGGGACACGGACGACGCGACUAAAGACAUCGUGCUGCGGGCGAGUAACGAAUUCCGUUCCGUCCUGUUGGCGCUCAGUUCCGGGAGCGUGGUAGAGUUCAGCACGGUUCUGGAGGGAAGGCUGGGCAGCAAGUGGCCGGUGUUUGAGCUCAAGGCUCUUCACUGCAGGACGUGUACCUCGCCUCAGGUGCCGACCCGACGCCAGGUGAAGAUAGAGCAGGACUGGAGGGUCGGUGCCCGUAACGCAUUCGCUUUUGCCUUUAACUUCCUGUUCCGCCCGCUGCUCACCGCUGAAGUAGAAGAUGCUGCGGGAUCUUCAGAAGUGGUAGUUUGAUAGUUGACUCGAUUAGCAUUGUUUUCCCAUCAGGCAGUGCAGUACACUUACUAAUCCAAAUCCUGAUUGGGUUCCUGUGUCUAGUUUCCGCUGCAUGACGGUACUUGUGACGUUAGGCCGAGUUCUCAUGUAGUGAUGUGGUCAUAAGGUGGUGUCCAGUAAUACUACUGAAAGUUUGCUCAAUACACUAUUCAGCUAAAAGUAUUUGGACACUAGACCAUAAACAAAUUGCAUUAAAUAGAGUGAUAGAGUGGCUUCUCACAAAACUUUGAAGUACGUCUGUGCCCAUUCAGUCAAAUGUUGGAUAAGAAAGCCUCAGUUGACGUUCCAAUUCAUUCCAGAGCUGUUGAGUGGUGCUGAGAUCAGGGCUCUGUGCAAGACAGUCAUGCUAAAACAGAAAAAGAGCCUUCCCUAAACUGUUGCUGCAAAGUUGGAAGCGUGUAAUUUCUUGUAUAUAAUUUAGCAACUGUUGUGUCUGUAAGACAUUAGAAGGGGCGUCCCAAUACUUUUGUCCAGUAUCAGCUGGCCAGGCUGAUAAAAGCCAUACAAAUGAAACCAUUUAAUUUUAAUGCGAGAGUCUAAUAUAUAAUCAGCGCUGCUUUAAAAGUGUCCGGACUGUGAAACCAUUAGUGGGUAGAGUGAUGGGUUACCAACCUCAAGGUUGUGGGUUUGAAUCCUGGCUCUGCCACUCGGCCUCUGCUGGACCCUCUCGGCUCCAGGGGCGACGUACGAUGCCUGACCCUGCGCCCUGACCCCGGCUUCCGAACAACCUGGGAUAUUAGGAACAACAUUUAUUGUACUGUACACGUGUAGCGUUCCAUCUGCACCAGAUUAUAUCCAGUGUGUCAGGCUCUGUCAGACCGGUGCAUCCCUGGUCAUAGUAACAGAUUGUUUUUGGGUUUUCUUUUGAAUUUAUUAUUCAUUAGUAAUAAAUUAUGUUAAAUUAUCUACCAGAUGCUAAAAUAUAUGUUUGACGUGUAAUUCAGAAUUUUAAUUAUUAUGGGAAGCAGCUGAAUUUUCAUUCCUUAAGCACAAGCAUUUAUAAAUGGUUUAUUUUAUUGAUUAGAAAAAUAUUUUCUAAUCAAUAUCAGAUUUCUACAAAUCAUUUAAACCAUCAAAGUCACAGUUAUAUUAUAAUAUACACUAAUAUCAAUUAUUUUCUUUACAUUACUGCAAGUUUUAAGUGAUGGUGUAAAUACAUAGAACCUAUAACGUAACCAGUUCAGGAGAGAUGUGGACGUGUUCUGUAAGGCGUGUCACCAAAGAUUAUGGAUGUUAGGUCAUGCCUGGUGUCUAGGACUUCACUUAUUAAUAAAUAGAUUAUUAAAUGAACCUUAGUGUGUCUUAGACGACCUGUUUAAUAUUUAAAAAGAGUGUAUUUUUUGAUAAACAUUAUUCAUUAUUAUAUAUUACUUAUUAUUAUAUUACUUUUUUGUUGUGUAUAAAACAAACACUGCAUUAUUGUAACAGCAGAACAAAAUAAAUGCUUGACAAGUAAACCAGAUAAACAGAGUAAUAGUGCAGUACAGAUUAUUCUACACAAAAACACUAUUUCUGAUUAUUAUCUCACUGUAUGAUGAUGUGAGAAUAUGUCCUGAAUAUCAGCCCGGGUUCGAUCCAGAUGCACAGAUUCCACCCACAUUCACACCUACACGUACCUAUAAAUACCCACCGCUCACCUCACUCCCACUGAGCUGGUCUCUCUUCCUACAGUUCCAUAAACUGAUUCUUUAUGACUGUAAUGUUACACUAUGAUGAAUAAAAUCGAGUCUGAUUUUAUUAA